CCACAUCCUAUAAAAUGUCCUUUUCCAGCAGCUAGCAAAUGCCCGUGAAAAUAGCAAGUCCUAUAAAUACUAAAGCCUUAACUACAACGUUAACAGCAACAGCCAGCACAGCAACAACAACAACAAAAGAGCUGCCCUUGCCCUCAAAUAUAAAUGUGAAAACAACAUCACGUUCACCACCUCUAACGUUAAGUUCAAAAUCGCAAUCCGCCGAUAAUACACAGAGAGUUAAAGUGAAAUAUUUACAAACACACAAUGAAUAUCCCAUGUCUACCUUAAGUCCCAGACAAUUUACCCUAAAACGGCAAAAGCGUAUAGGAGAACAAAGACCGCUAACACGUAAGGCAACUCCUAGAGCCUCAUCUAUGCGUAAAUCACGUUCUCUAGAUGCUGAACACAGUUAUUCGUUAUCCAGCAUACAAGCGCCCUUAUGGGUAACACUCACCAAUGCCCGCACCAUAGAAGAACUAUCGAGAGAGCAAAUUUGAGAGAAAACUUGGAAAAUAGAAAAUAUUUAUUUGAUGAUUUUUUUAAAUAAAUGUGUAGUUUAGAUAAAGUAACACUUCCCCAAAAGAAACGCUUUUUUUGAACUCGAUUAUUAACCAUAGACCAAAUAAUGUUUUAUUUAAAUUAUAUAUCUAGUUAGUUUUCCGAUUCUAGAUGUCUUAAGAAAAGUGUUUGUGAACUCUCUUUACACUUUUCUUUCUUCAUCUAGAAUGUAGGAGUAAAAAUCUUUAGUUUUAAUUCAAAUUUAUAAAAUAAAUUUAAAAUGUAAUUGAUAAGCCCUACAAACAGAGUUUCAAACAAAUUUUAGUCUUAAGAUCCCAUUUCUUGUCCAUGUUACUACCUUGAUUUGUAUAUGUAUGUUUAUAAAAUUAUAA